AUGGCUCCUUCAAAGAAACAGAAGUCCAAAGGGGGAUCUAAGACGAAUAAGAUCGUGAAAAAACGUAAGACUCCUACGUUGAAGCAAAAAUUACAAAGUGAAUCAAAAAUUGUUAAAGUAGAUCAAUUAAAAUGGAAAACUGUUGAUAUCCCAGAUAACUUAGAUGAUUAUCAUGGAUUCAUGGGUCUUGAAGAAAUAGAUGGUGUUGAUGUGAAGAUGGUUAAUGGUAAGGCCGAAUUUAUUCUUAAUGACGAAGAAACAAUUAUCCAAGACCAAAAAGUAGAAAAAGACGAAAAAGUAGAAGAACAAGAGGAAAUAGUUGAAGAAGAAGAUGAAGAUGAUGAAUUCACAGGAUUCGAGGACAAAGAAGUGGAGACUAAAGAUGAGGAUGAAAAAGCAGAAGUAACAGAUAAAUCUAAAACCAAGAAUGGUUCCAAACCUAAAAAGAAUGAAGAAGGAUUUAAACAUGUGGAGAAUGCGUUCCUGUCACUUAAUGCUGACCUUCCUACCACUGAAGUCGACCUUCCAAGUUGGGAAGAUAAAGAAAAAGGUUUAAGUUUAAGUUCUUAUACGUUAGCUGGGUUGAGUGCAUUAGGAUUUGAAAAGCCAACUCCUAUUCAAAGAAAAACUAUUCCAUUGGCAAUAGAAGGUAAAGAUGUUAUAGGUAAAGCUACAACUGGUUCUGGUAAAACUUUGGCUUAUGGAAUUCCUAUCCUUGAAAAAUAUAUAUCCAAAUCAGACGAAGAUAAGGCAGAUCAUCCAACAGGAUUGAUCUUUACUCCAACUAGAGAAUUGGCUCAUCAAGUUGUUACUCAUCUCAAUCAAAUCACAAAAUUAUCCCCAUUAUCUUCUCAUGGUAUAGUUAGUGUAACUGGUGGUUUAUCUAUACAGAAACAAGAAAGAUUAUUAUCCCACAGUCCAGGUAUAUUAGUUGCAACCCCAGGUAGAUUGUUAGAAUUGCUUCAAAAGGAUUCAGAAUUAGUUAAAACAAUAGCAAAAGUUGAUAUUAUUGUGUUGGAUGAAGCUGAUAGAUUGUUACAAGACGGUCAUUUUGAAGAAUUUGAUAAGAUAUUGGAACUUUUACGUAAACAUAGAACUAGUUCAGAAACUAUUGCCUGGAAAUGGCAAACUUUAGUUUUCAGUGCUACUUUCUCCAAGGAUUUAUUUGGUAAGCUUGCCAAUAAAAAUUCCAAGAAGGCUGAAUCACAAGGGUUAAUUGAUAAUGAUGAGAUUUUAGAAUUGUUAAACUCCAAGCUUAAGUUCAAAGAUACAAAGCCAGCUUUAGUUGAUGCUAAUCCUAAAGAAAUUGUCGCUGGCUUAGUCACUGAAGCUCUUGUUGAAUGUGGUCCAACAGAACGUGAUUUAUACUUAUACUACUUUUUAUUAAUGUAUCCUGGUUCAACAUUGGUAUUUGCUAAUGCCAUUGAUUCAGUAAAGAGAUUAGUGCCAUUGUUAAACAAUUUAAGAAUUCCAACUUUUUCAAUUCAUUCAUCAAUGAUUCAAAAACAAAGAUUAAGAGCAUUAGAAAAAUUCAAAAAUGCCAGUGGAAGGGCUGGUGGUAGUGCAGUAUUAAUUGCCUCUGAUGUUGCUGCUAGAGGUUUGGAUAUUCCAGAUAUUGACCAUGUUGUUCAUUAUCAUUUACCAAGAUCUGCCGAUAUAUAUAUUCAUAGAUCAGGUAGAACUGCCAGAGCAGGAAAGGAAGGUGUUUCAGUUAUGCUUUGUUCUCCACAAGAAGCUUCGGGUCCUUUAAGAAAGUUAAGAAAAUUAGUCGCUAGUACUGCAGGUUCUACUAAACUCAACAUGCAUAAUGAUGUCAAACUUCUUCCUAUAGAACCUGAUUUAGUUGAUCAAUUGAAACCUCGUGUCAGUAUUGCCUCCAAGCUUGCUGAUUCUGAUAUUUCUGCUACUUCCACCAGAAAGGAAGAUUCAUGGAUUAAACAAGCUGCUGCUGAAUUAGGAGUUGAAGAUUUAGGAGAUUUAGAUGAGUUUGAAGAUGAUAUAAUAAAGAAACAAAGAAAGAGAAAGGAAGGUAAGUUAUUAUCUAAGAAUGAAGUUUUAGGAUUAAGAUUUGAAUUAAAAGAAUUAUUAGCUAAUCAAAUCAGAACAAACCCAAGAAGAUCUUACUUAACUAGUGGUUUAGAAAAUUUAGCUCAUCAAAUGGUAGUUGGGAAUACUCACAAGGAAGUAUUAGGUCAUAAGAAAGUUAAUGCUCUUGAUGACUUAAGAAAGAAAGGUAAAAACUUUAAAGUGAAGAAACCAAAGGCCAAGAUUAUUCCUAAGAAAGAAGAAAAAUCUAAAGGCAAGGAUAAAUUUAAAUCAAAGAACAAGAAUAAAAAGUCUGAUUAAACAAAUGGUAU